AUGACCUUGACAGUAGAAGCUGAAGACAUGGGAAACCCGCCAUUAAUCGCUCGCACGACGAUUAGAAUUUUGAUCGAAGAGAUGAACGACCAUGCACCGGUUUUCGACAAAACCAGCUACGAGCGCGCUAUAAGCGAAGAUACGCCGACAACGACGCCAAUACUUAGAGUACAAGCAACAGAUCAAGAUGAAGGAGUGGAUGGAGAAAUUUACUACUUCUUUCAAACUUUGACCAGCUUUUUUACUAUUAAUGUCUUCACGGGUGUUGUAAUGCUUGUACGCGAGCUGGACUAUUCUCAAAGUGAUCAGCGCUUACAUCAGUUGACGGUGGUUGCGCGUGAUGCAGGAAAUCCCAGCCAAGAGUCCAUAGCUUCGGUUAUCAUCACUGUACCUCUAGAUAUUCCUAACUUCCCAUUUCCCGCGUCUUCUAGCUUCUCGCAAGAAAACACGGCACCAUCCUUUCCCAAUGCGCUAUAUCAUUUUACAAUAGAUACGUCAUUUCCGGUAAAAGGAAGUCUUGGCGUCAUCUUUGCCGUAGACGAAGAUCCACCGGGCUCAAACAGUGACCUGCGAUACUCACUAGUCAGCGCCUCCAGUGUAUUUACCAUCGAUUCAUUUAGUGGUGUUUUAACAGUGAGCGGGGGUCUUAAUGUGCAGACAUAUACAUUAACAGUGAAAGCUAAGGACCAGGGAAGCCCUUCAAAAGAAGCAGAAGCUCAGGUAAAUAUUGUAGUCAAGGACUCAGGUAAUUCCCAGGACUACCCUGUGUUCAGUGAUCCUAUACAAGUUCUUAGGGUAGCCGAAGAUGUAGAAGUCGGUAGGUCAGUUUUUCAAGCUUCGGUAAUCUCCGACUCCAGUAGUAGGAAAGGCGUCGUGUACUCGGCAAAGCUCGGUUCGGGACUACCAUACUUCGAAGUUGAUGAAGCUACUGGAGUGAUGAGAACUGCUGCCCAUCUGGACAGAGAAACACAAGCAACUUAUGAUAUGAUGAUAGAGGCAAGAAACAAAGUGAAACUGCCACGUCAUUCCUAUCUUUACGUUACAAUUGAUAUCAAAGAUGUAGACGACGCUUACCCCGACUUUAGCGAAUCAGCUUAUGACGCAAGGGUUCCCGAGGGGAGUCCUAAAGGGACCUUUGUCACCGUGAUACAUGCAAUAGACAAAGAUAACCAGGUGGUUGUAUAUGAAACAUUAAAUUACCGGUCAGAGUUUGAAAUUGAAUCUAACACUGGUGUGAUAAGAACUAAGCGAGUUCUUGAAAGAGCAACUGGCGACAUUCAAUUUCUUCUUUAUGCAACAGCCAACGAUGGGACUGGUAAGACAUCUCAAACAAAUGUUAAAAUCAAAGUCAUCAGUUCGCCUAACUCAGUUCCUAGGUUUAAGAAGAAAUCUUAUGAGAUGUCCCUGAAUGAAGGAGAGGGCCCUGUAUCAAACUUGCUCUGCAUUGCUGCGACUGGCAGUAAUGGAAAGGUAAAAUAUUCAGUGAAACCUGGUGGAGAUGAUAGAUUUCAAAUUGAUCAAAAUACUGGUAAGUUAUAAUUACUGAUGAUUGCAUAACCAUCCGCGUUUCUUGAAGCGAUAAAAAUGGUCACCAUAGACAAGUGUCGGUUAAACAAAAAAUUAAGAGUCUUUGUCUUACUUCAAUUUUUGUAAUCCACACCAAUAAAAGCUGAAGAUGAAUGUUUCCCUGCAAAGGAUGGAACAUUAGUAGCUAUUAGUAUUAUGGUCUCAUUUCUAUGAUCUAAAAGAGAUUAUAUAUAGAUAAUGGCAAAUCCCAAUCUGCCGUUUUACAUCGAAAUAUUUCAAAGUCUAAUCUAAUCGCCUAAGAAAGCCGAACUCUCGACCUUAAUUUUUUCAGUUAAUGCAAAAACGUUAAGGCUCUUGGUUAAAGUAGAUAUCUUAAGUUUAAAAGUAGACUUUAACAACACCAUCUCACUGGAAUCAAGUAAUCUUGAGAAAGUAAUUUCUCUGCAGUUGAACAGCCCGGCUGCAACCGUUUACGGGCCUUACCCCACUAGCCUGAGGAAGUAUUGAAAUAGUUUUAAUAAAACGAUUUAAUAUCCUUUGCUGUUUAUCUACGUUUCAACAGGAACGUUUUCAGUGCAGGGGUCUUUCAACUACAAGUUUGAUCGAGGUUAUAUCGUUGAAGUUGAGGCAAUGAGUGAAAGUUCUUCGCAAGUAGCGAAAAAUGCUGUUCCAGUAAAGGUAACGGUAGAAAACAAAGAUGAACCACCAAUUUUUCAAAAGGACAGUUACGAAAUUACAGCCCCAGAAAAUGUGGCCAAGGGAACCAAAAUCCUCGUUAAGAACUCUGAAGGGUUUCGUUUCUCGACGGAUGGUAAGUCCCUGGCUGAUUUUGACUGCACACUAGAGGAUAUUACUGCUGUAGAAAUUCUUGAUCAUUUUCAAGUUGAACGAAUGAACUCGGAAUGUCAGCUAAUAGCCAUGAAGAAUUUUACUCAGCUACCCGACCGAGAGUUCAAGUUCAAAGUUCGUGUUACAAACGUGAAACAACGAAACUUUUUUGGUUCUGCAUCUGUGACGGUAAAAAUAACAGACACUAAUGACUACCCUCCUGAGUUUGAACAAUCUGAUUACUGGGCUUCUGUACCGAGCAGUACCCCCAAGGGAACAAGUUUGUUACAAAUUGUUGCUACUGAUAGGGACACCCAGGACAGCGGAGGCAUUGUCUUACAGCUUGAAGAGGACCAAAGCAGGUUUGUUGAACGACAAAUCGCGUUUUCUCAGUUAUUUUCCGAGAAUCAAAGGAACGAUUUCCAUCAAAAACAACGAUUAGUGUUUAGCCUCCUUUAUUAAACGGUUUGCUCGAAAAUUACAGAUAUGGAAACGAACAGUAUAAGCCACAAAAAACGUAGUUCACUAACCGUCAAAUAAGCGAUCACGUUUUAAAUUUUGAUCUUUUUUUGAUGGUUUUUCUCAUUCUCCAAUGUUUCGAUUAUCUUGUUGUCUUCAACAGCGCACAAUUUGCUUCCCAUAAUAACAAUAAUAAUAAUAAUGACUUUAUUUACAGUAUUUCCACUGAAAGGUGGCUCUUCAUCUGUAAAACUUUACAUAAAUAUUAAAAAACAAUAAUACCAUUAAUAAUAUUAAUAAAAAGCUAUAGCUGUGUACAGUUUUAGGGAUGCUACUGACAAAAAAAAUUAAAGUAAUCUAGAAUGAUAUACAAAUCAAGAAAUCUUGAAGGUGCAUUUGCCCUAUUUAUAAGAUACUUCCUCACUGUAGUUUUAAAAUCACUAAAAACUACAGAGUUCCUUGCAGCAGAGGGUAAUGAAUUAAAAACAUUAGAGGCACUUUGUUGGAAAGUACCCGACUCAAGGGGUACUUUUAACGUCGUUUAUUUCGAAGAUCUCAGUGUCCGUGUUGGAUUAUGAAUGUCUAGCUUAAGAUAGGACGGACAGUCAUUAUACUGCAAGGCUUUAAAAACAGUGUGAAGCAAUUGAUACUCUCUGCGUUCCUUUAUUGGCAUCCAUCCUAGUUUGAUUAGAUCCGGCAUAUGCGCAUAGUGCCCAAGAACGAAACCUGCAGCGGCUAACUGGACACGUUGUAGGCGCUUUAGUAGGCAUUCCGGGAUUGGAUGACUAGCAAUGUUAUUGUAGUCAAUUUUCGAUAAAAUCAGGCACUCCGCCAGUUGCUAUCGGACUUGGAAGGGAGUUAAGUGUAGUUUAGUGUAGCGUAGCAGCUAGAGAUCUUCCCCUUUUGACUAGAGACCUUUAGAUUUGAGGACGGGAUUUGACUUAACGUUCUUUAAUUUUUCUCAAAAGAUAGACAGCACGGGAAAGCUUUAUUUGCUUUUUUCACCGGAAAAGUUAGUACGUCUAUUUUUAGUGAAAGAGAUUAAGCCCUCUUCCCAUAGCAAAGUGAUAAAACUUCUGACACAUUGCUAACAUUUGAUGACUUGUUUCCGUCACUACGACAUUCUCGCUUAAAUAAACUCGUAGGAGAGUGACGACGGCUAUCAGGUUUUCCCGCCAAAAUGACACUGGUUCAUGCGCGUGCACUACUUUUUUAUUUAGAAAAUCUCGUCAUCGUAGUCGUACUCAUCUUAAAAUUUAAAGGUAUUUAUUAUUUGCUUUCAGGUUCCAUGUAGACAAUGAAGGCGUCUUGGUUACUAAGACAUCCAAUCUACCAGAGAAUACACUCUACGAAUUUAACGUCAAGGCCACAGAAACAGGUUUGUUAUUUUUAAAAAGUUUCUUGUCUCAUUUUAAGAUGGAAGUUUGGUAGAAUUGCUUGUAACAAGGGAAAGGUGAUAUUAGGAUAGAACUUCAGCCAGUGAUGUUGAAAACGUAAAAAAAAAAUAAACUCUACCUACAGCUUGUGAGUUUGCUGUUCAAAAAUCCCAUUGACCGAAAUCAAAUCUCUGAUAUCUUCCCACUCGUGCACAUAGGCGUACGGGCAAUUUUUUGCCAGGGGGGGCGGUAAACCAUUUGCCCAAAAAAUUCUUGCAAGUUGCCUAAAUUUUUACAAAACAGUCGAGCAGAAACGAGGGCCAUACGAUGCAACAACAUAGGCCGUACUAGCAUAUGAAAGUAGCUCGAUACAGUUUUUCAGGGUCAAUACCUGUGAAGUUUUUUUGAGCAUAGACUACGACACCAUAAACAAACAUUUGGAAAAAUUGCCACCACAGUUGUAGUAGAUAAAGAUGAAAAUUUGUCAUGAUCCGGGUUGCAAUAACAUCGGAGUUGUCAUAGCAACCAAAUGACGCCAUUACCUAUUAUACUUGCAGCAACAUUUCUCACUGGGAACUGUUCUUCCAAAAUCGUUCACGGGAGCAUUUUCCUGCAAUAGUCGCCUCGAUGUUCGUGAAGUGAAAACGGAAUCUGUAAGAGCGUUGUGGAGAUAUUUUGGGAUAAAGUUUUUAUCGUUAGAAAUACGGUAAAAAAGGAAAAUCUUGAUGUUUGGCCGUUAUCUGUAGAAAACGAAGCGCUUUUGACAUGCAAUUUCACCUCAUAGUAGUUUCAAUCUUUUUAAAAACGUGAGUAAAAGAUCAUGGAGAUAGCUCUGGCCAAAAUAGGAUUUGAGUAUUUAGUAUGUAUCAUGGCGCUCUCUUUAGCGGUUUUGUAAACAUUUCGGUCUACUUUAACAAAUUAGUGAAUAAUUUUUAAACCACUCGAUAGAUUUUUUUGUUUUAAAAAUUACGAUUCUUCGCGUAAUUCAAACUGAGAAUUAGUCAGCCACUUCUUCACUUUCAGACCCAUUGCUGAUGCUAUCUGCCAUACACUGUUCUACGAGUGGAGAUGAUUCUAGAAAGUUAGGCGGAAGUUUAUUCUAAUCAAUUCAUGACUGGAAAUAGCCCAUUGCAGUACAGUGCCCAACAAUAAAAAAAAUCAGAACAUGAUACCCUUCCCUUAUAACCAGAAACUCAUUACGUGCUAGGCAACCACUGUCUCGUGUGAAUGUAACAGUACUGGAUUAUUACGCCAACUUCAGGUUAAAAUAGAAAAUAUUCUUCUCUUCAAAAUAAUGAUUUAAAAAACACGGAAACGUCUUAAAAAACUGGUUUUGCCCAAAUUUUCUCUCGCUGCCCAAAAAAUCUGAGUUGCCCAAAAUUUUGGGGGGGCUGCAGCCCCCCUCGCCCCCCCGGCCCGUACGCCUAUGCUCGUGCAAGGGUUUACUCAAGGAUCUUGUCUUGACCUGCUUUUCUUACUGUAUACACCAGAAACUGACUAUUCGGCGAAAUGGCGGGACGACAGUUGCGAAGUGUGCAGUGUAACGCAGAUAAUACGCAACUGUACUUGACGUACAGUCCAAACUUGCCUGGGAAUGAUGAUGCUGUAAUAAAGGUUAUGUGUGAUUGAAACUGAGUUUCUGCAGUAACAGGCCCCAGUUGUUCAAACGUUGAUAACGCCGAUCCAUUGGAUAAAUCUCUAUUCAGUAGGUAGUGCAAGUGGAUUCUCUAUUUUAUAAAUACAUAUCCGCUGAAAAGGUGAUUUAUCCCGUGGAUAGCGCUAUUCAACGUUUGAACAACCGGGGCCAGAUCGUCAGCUAAGGUUGCAGAAGGGAAGCAUUACUGUUAGGGAGUCUGAACACUAAGCUAGUUCAGUGUCAAGGACCUGGGUUCCUGGUUCGAUUUUCAUCCUAGUAUGUUGACUUAUAUUAGUAAGCUCUAUAGCUAAGCUUUCUAUGAUCUACCAGGAGCCCACCAGCUGGGUUUCUGCAUCUAUAUAAAAUGCGUCGCAUUCGAAUGUUGCUAAGGAAACAAGACCUUAGUGCACACAUUCUCACCUCGCGCGUCGACUAUGUAACAUUCUUUUGCAUGGUUUACCCGACAAGCAGCCUCACAAGGUUGAACAUAUAUUUGGAGUAAAGCCCGUAAGCUGCGCCCCGCGCUUCAGCCAUAGUACGCCAUUAAUUUAUUAGCUACAUUCGUUGCCCAUGAAGCAGCGCAUCCAUUUUCAAAAUUUUGCUGUUUACAUUCAAGACCUUUAAUGGCAUAGCAUCUCCAUAUAAUCAGCACCUAUUUUCUCUGAAAUCAGAGGACACAUAUAACCUCAGAUCUCCUGUUGGUAUUUUGUAAGCGUCGCCUACAACUAGAAAUAAGGUUACACUAGGCCAUUGUUGCUUCCAGGUGGCUGCGCUCAUGUUCAGGAAUGCUUUGCCAGGCAAGUCACACGAUAUUCAUCACUUGCCUAUUUUUUAAGGGCCAUCUUUGGAAGCACAUUUUAAGACUGCUCAUAACUAACUGAAUUGUUACCAGUUACUUGUUGAUAUUUCUAUAUCUUCUAUUUCAGUACAAAUUCUUAUCUUUUCGCUAAUUAUCAUCUGUUUUUUUCAUUAUCCUCAUUAUUUGUCUCUUGAUUAUUCAGGACCAGAACAGAAAUGGAACAUAGUGACAGUUAAAGUAUCUGUGCUUAGUGACCCAUUUUCUCCCGUGCAAUUCGAAAGUUCAAGUUAUUCAAAGACUCUGCCCGAAGACGCUACAAAAGGUUCUACAAUUUUCAUUGUGAAAGCGUCACGCUCUGGUUCAGAAAGCGGUAUAACAUAUUCCAUAGUUGGUGGAGAUCCAGAUAAAACUUUCAAAAUCGAUUAUUCUAACAGCGGAAUAAUUACUUUGGCGAAAGCCUUAGACUUUGAAACAAAAGAGGACUACAAGUUGAUCAUACGGGCAACCUUUUCUUCCCCCGGCAAUGUCCCGGAUGUAACAGCAGAGGUAACGGGCGAGGUUACAGUGACAGAUGUUAACGAUAAUAAACCCAGAUUUCUUCUUUACCAGUCCGUUACUAAGAUUGCCAUUGAUAGCUACACGCCCAGUGGAACCACAGUUUUUCAGGUACAGUGUUUUCAUCGAAGUCUUUAUGGUGAUGGCUCCAACUCUUUUUUGAAUUCACGGUAAAGUGACAGACCAACGGGAAAAGGGAUAAAAAUAAUCAUACGAUCGAGUAGCAUUUCUUAUUAAAGCGAUUUCAGACAUAAAAGAAACUCGCAUUGCAAAAAGGAACUCUUGAAUCUCUAAAACACACAUGUGGACAGACCUUCUAAAAGAGUAAAGUUGCCGGUCCUCACGUGAUAGCUUGUCAUGUCUGUUUUUCAAAAAUAACAAACAUCCGGCUCCUACUCCUCCUUCAGACCAAAAGCCAGAGGUGAAAAAUUCGCCAUUUCGACGUCAAGGACACGUUGUCGGUCACGAAGUCCUCAUUUUUAAAGUCUAUCUCAACCUUUAUAGGGGCUUUAGUUACCACUGUAUAUCCCUGAGCAAAAUCGUCUGACACUGAUAUUGUAAAGCAAAAAAAACAAAACAAAACAAAAACAAAAAAACAUAAGAAAAAAGUAAAGGUACAUUACAUUUGAUACAAAGACACUCUGUUCAUUGUUAUCAUUGCGGUGUAUAUUUUCAGGUCAAGGCAACGGACCUAGACUCAGCGCAAAACUUUGGUGAAAUAGUAUACACUAUUAAUGAAGCAGAAAGUACGCCUUCCAGAAGUAUUCCAUUUACGCUUAAUAGAAUCACGGGUGAACUAAAAACGGACAAAGAAAUCAGGUAACUGGCAGGUCUUACUUAAUAAAUACUGAGUACACAGCUAACCCUUCUGGCACCAUACAUAUCUUCUCAAGAUUUACUCACGCAGCAUUUAUCUGAAUGAAUUUAUUCAUGCAUGGACCUGAAAGAAUGUCCGAAAGAGGUUUGAACUUCUUUGGGUGCCAGAAACUCAUGUGUCAUCCGGCCAAAAAUUUGCCCUUCUGAGGCCCACCUCAAAAUAUCUCUCCGUGCACGAGAAAAACCUCGAGUAGCCAGGGUAGAUUUGAAAAAAAAAGCCGACGGUCGACCUAUACAUUUAUUAUUGAAACAAUAGUUCACAUGGAGUUGUUAUUACACAGGACUCCUUGAAACUCGGUACUAACUACUUAACCGGGCUCCAUAAAGAAGCCCAAUAGAGUAGGCUUUGGAUUAUGUGCCUCAAUCGACACUUGCUCUCUUUAGUAAAGAUUCUUUGUAUCCGCUGGACAGCUUCGACCAUUUCCCCACUUUAGGUAACGAGUUUUGUUUUUGUCUCAGGUUUUCUGAUGGGAGUAGCUACAUGUUGGUUGUGAAGGCCACAGAUGGUGGCGGAAAGGAAAGUGCCACGAAAAUUCAAAUUAAUGUUAUAAAUAUCAACAAGCCCCCGGUUUUCAAACAGAAAGAGUAUAAAGCUACAGUCAAAGAGAACAGCCCCGUUGGUACUAAAGUUAUUGAUGUUAGAGCCAACUACGGAGACCCGAUUGCUCUGUUAAAGUACUCUUUUGUUCAAGGGAACCAAGAUAAAAUGUUCUGUAUUGACUACUUGGGCGUUAUUACUGUGGCGCAACCCCUGGAUCGUGAAAGUGUGCCCUCGUACGAGUUCACAGUGAUGGUGUCCCUUAACAACAGGAAUGACACCACUGUUGUCAAGGUUGAGCUGUUAGACACAAAUGAUCAUGCACCUACUUUUGAAAAAGCACUGUUUUCCAUAAAGGUCUCCGAGAAUCAGGGUUUGUGUAAAAUAGUAUUAUCAAUAUAUCAGUUUUAUUAGUUAGUUAUUAUAUUUUAUUGAAAUUCAUAGCGUUUUACGCAAACAGCAUUUAUUCCUGAUUUGUAUUUCAGUAAGUCUAGGAAAGCCGACAAAAAAGUUUAGUGAGAUGCACUGAUCGUUGCCUUGAAAGUUAAUAAAUAUAAAAAGGGGAAAGGAAUGAAAACACUCUAUUUGUCCUUAAUCUUCUUUCGCAUUCGGAGACAUUAUAUAUUAUCAUGGAUGAAUCAAAUAUUCAGUAACUAAAAUAUCACAUGCUGCAUAGGAAAACUGAGUUGAACGCAAUUGUUACUAUCUGAUAGACCGAUAUUCUUUUAUAAAUCAUCACCACUGGUUUUUUAUACGUAUAUAGCCUACUCAUUGGUCACAAGUCCGUAUGCAUUUCGUUUCACACUAUCAUACUUCAAACAUCUGUAUAUCUGUACAUCUGUACGUAGUUGCGGGUUAACUCUUUACAAAGAGAGUACUUAUUGGUAGUUGCUUAUUGGUACUCCUUUCACAGCAAUCAACUCGAAUUUAAGGCUGCUGACAGCUACUGAUGGCGAUGAUGGUGAAUAUGGCGAAGUGACGUAUUCCCUUCUGCAGACAGUUUUGGAUGCAAGCAAGGAUGUUUUCGCGGUGGAUUCCAGCUCUGGCAUGGUGAGACUUAACAAACCACUAGAUCGUGAAGCAGUUGCCGAGCACGUUCUCUAUAUCAAAGCUCAAGACAACGGAAAUCCUCCAUUUCAACAAAGUGGUAAGAUGAGUUCCAAAUAAGGGAACAUAACAAACCUGCACUAUAUAUAAUAUAUGGGAUUAUUUUAGCUCCAGCACCUAAAAUCACCUUAGAAAUCUUUGUGAUAGGCUCUCCCUCAAGCGAAAACGAAGAGCAAUAUUUUUUAGUUCUCCACUGUCUCACUCCAGGCUAGUGAGGUCUAGUUUAUCUCCUCUCGCUGAAGGCAUCAGGCCUUGUCGAUGUUGGGAGCAGACUCCUCAAUGUAGUGCCUAGAUGAACCUUUACUGAACCAACUUCUGUCUAUUGCUCUCAAAUAAAGUAUUACUUGAAGACUCGUUUUACAAUAUUUAAGUUACGAUUAACGGAUACAUAUAAGCGUUUCUAUAAGUUCGCACAUCAAAUCGCAAAACCACUCAUUCAAGGAAUUUUUUUCAGAUAUCACCAAGCUAAUUGUCACAGUCACGGACAUUAAUGAUAACAAACCGCGGUUUUCCACCACUUCAUAUCAAGCUUCUAUACCUGCCAACGCCAAAGCAGCAGAUGGAGUAGUUCGUUUGAUGGCUUUUGACCUGGAUAACGACUUGAACAGAGUAAUAUAUUACAACAUCACAGAAGGCAAUGACAUGGAUAUCUUUGCCGUAGACAGUGCCACUGGACUCCUCACACUUGGAAAAACUCAGGUUGCGUCUGCUGCCCAAGAAAUUUUUUCUUUGACUGUUGAAGCUGUGGAUGAAAAUGAUCAAAGUAAAAAAGAUACUGCAACGGUUGUUGUUAAUUUGUUCCCACCUGAUGGUCCCCCACAUUAUCCUGCUCCUUCGCUGAAUAUCAAUAUUAAAGAGGGUCUUUUGGCUGGAAAUAAGAUUGUUUCGGCGGCAGCAGCUACUACUGAACACGUCGUUUAUGAGAUACUAUCAGGCAACCAGGAUGGGGUUAUUGAAAUUGAUAAAUUCUCCGGAGAUCUGGUGACAGCAAGAGAGCUUGACCACGAGAAAUCGCCGCGAUACACUCUUCACGUCUUAGCUCGCGACAGUAAAGAUCUCACUGCUGACGUCAGCGUUACCAUCAAUGUUGAAGAUAUCAAUGACAACACCCCGUAUUUUAUCGAUUCGGUUGGUGGACAGGUUGAACAGAAAGUCGACGGUCACUUCCACGAAGGUGAUGAAGUGACACAAAUAGAGGCCUACGAUCUUGACGAUGAGUCAUCUAUGCAAUACAAGUUGUCUCCUGAGGCUGAAGCAUUCUUCUCUGUUGAUAAUCAAGGAUUUAUACACGCUAAGAGAACAAUAGAAGGUAGCAUUCCGGGGAAAAGGGCAACUGACCCUCUGUCAACUCUUUCCUUCAACGUAGAAGCUAAAGAUAAUGCCGACCCUCCAAAUACAGUAUCGACACCUGUGCGCCUAGCAUUCGCAAGCUACAAUUCAGAUCAAUCUGCGAUGACCGUGAAGGUUGCUGAAAAUGCACAGGUUGGAAGAAUGAUCACCGAGGUCCCUAGAUACAUUCCAGGUGGAAAAAUGUCUAUCUUAUAUCCUGAGAAGUCUUCUUUUGCACUUGAUGAUGAAGCCAGGGUUACGCUGGGGAAAGAACUCGAUUUUGAAACCCAAACUAAGUAUGCUUUGACAGUUAGAGAGCAAGGUAUGACAGACAGAGGUCACUUGACAAACGAUAUUGACUUGGAGAUUUUUGCUGAAGACGUUAACGACAACGAUCCCGAGAUUAUUUCUAAGACAAAACACGGGCAAGUUAAUAGCAACGCGCGAGCAGGUGCGAAGGUCUUGAGUCUCCAGGUGUUUGAUGCAGACUUUGGUCCUAAUGGCUUGGCCGGUUAUCAGUUGGCCACUGGGGACACUCCAUUUGGUAUCAAUCCUCUAGAUGAAACCAUUGAAGUGGAUGGUGGUUUGAAAAAGAAUCAGUAUGAGCUUGAAAUAUAUCCCUUUGAUUUCGGCAUCCCUCAGCGCCAGAGUCCUCCCAUCAAUGUGAAAUUGGACAUUGGACAAAUGCCUCCAAGAUUUCUUGACUUUCACGAUGAUGGCUACAAAUUUGAAGUACCAGAGGAUGCUAAAGGUGGAACAGUAAUCGGUAAAGUAACCGCCGUCAGCGCUUCCGGUACCAGGAUUGGAUACUCUAUUUUGGAAGGCAACUCUGACAAGAAAUUUAAAAUAUCUGAGAAUGGCGACAUGAAACUAAACUUUCUACUAGACUUCGAAACCCAGCCAAAGGAGUAUACACUGGUUGUUCAGGCAAUAGAAUUGAUCCCUGAAGGGUUUGCUUCCACAGUAAAAGUGGCGAUCUCUGUAUUAAAUACAAAUGAUUAUUAUCCCCUGUUCGAAAGAGGAUUUUACCAAGCGACGGUUAGUGAAGACGCGCCCAUGGGAACUUCGAUAGUGACUGUGCGUGCAACUGAUUGUGAUUGCAGUCAAGACUGCCGUUGUAAGCCUGGUCAGCUAUCUUUCGUAGUCAUAGACGACUCGUAUUUUACCGUUGACGCCGAUACAGGAGUCAUAUCAAACGCAAGGUCUUUAGACUUUGAGAAUAGUAAAUUUCAUAUUUUUCGAGUAGAGGUCUCGGACACUUUGAUAAAUAAAGUUAAAUACGACGUGGCUUUUGUUAACAUUACAGUUACAAACGCGAAUGACAAUCAACCGCAUUUUAGUUUUCCAGAGUACAGAUUAACUAUUGACGAAGAAGCAGCAAUUGGGAAUGGUUUGGGAGCGGUGUUGGCACACGACGUUGAUCACCAUCCUAUCACGUAUUCUAUAAUUGCCGGUACAAGUCCUUUCCAGAUCGAUUCUCAGACUGGGGUCAUAUCUCUACGGGACAGUCUUCCAAGCCAACCCUGGGAAUACACAUUAACCAUUAGAGCAAGUGAUUCCGAAACCUAUAGUGACGCUAAGGCCAUCAUCUAUAUCAGAGACAAGAACAAUAACAGGCCUGUGUUUGAAAAGUGUGAGAAUGCUGAAUUGAUCGAAAACACUCCAGCAGGACAAAUAGUGACGCAGGUUUUGGCAACAGACAAAGAUCGUGGUAUAAAUGGAGAAGUAGAAUACAGCAUCGUUUAUGGUGAUCCGUCAUUUGAAAUUGACAACUCCACCGGGGUAAUAAGAAGCACUGAGAUCUUUGAUCGUGAGUUUAUUUCAGACUACGUAGUCGUCAUUAAGGCUGAAGAUGGUGGACAUGGACAAAGCUCGUCUAAUAGACUCCUCAGGUAUUAGUGAUGCAGACCAGUUUCCUUGGCAGCUGUUGUUUGUUUCGUCACUCUCACGUGACCACCCAAAUAAUGGCUGCUUGGAAGACUAGCAACAUACUAAUUGUCCAAAGAAUAGCAAAUCUAACGCCUAGACGAAGAAAAAAUUCUCUCUGGUGAUGCACAACAACCGCCGUGUUCAGUUUAUUUCCUUGUUUUUACUUUGGGUCGUAUUUUGCCCAGUAAUAUAGGCGCAUACGCGCGCAGCAGCUUAGUUGUGGUUACCAUUCCUAUGGGAAGCCCAUUUGACGUCUUGUUUUCGCUUCUUUAUUCUUUGCGUCAUUUAUAAGACUUAUUUUUCCUUCUCCUUAGUUACUGCAAAAUUACUGUCACAAUCGGGGACGUGAAUGACAAUUAUCCGUUCUUCCUAUCAUGGUUAUACGAAGGAAGCGUGUGGAAAAAUUCAGAAAUUGGGACUCCUGUUUUGAGAGUUCACGCCUUUGAUGAAGAUUCAGACGUCAACAGUGAGGUUCAGUACCAGUUUUUGGAGGCGAACGACAAGUUUGAGAUAUCUGACGAUGGCUUUAUUACAACAAAAGCAUCAGUGGGGUCAUUCGUUGGGACAUGGACAUAUGAAGUUGUUGCGUUUAAUAAAGAGCCUAUGACUGUAGGUUACGAGGAGUCUGGCGCUUCCAGGAGCCGCGGAACAAAAAUUAAAAUCUACGUUACAGAUGACCACCCUCCCGUUUUUAGCCAGAGACUCUACACUGCGAACAUCACAGAAAAUAGUCCGCCAGGUAGGUCAAUAUGGUUGUGCUAAAACUUGUAGUUUUUUCUUCUUUUUAAUAGUCGAUUAUUUACACAACACACAAAGUUUAAACUAAAAGAAAGUAUAUAAAAAUAUAGCAGACUGGACCAAAAUUACAUAAAAACGAAAAAGAAAGAUACAACAGUUGUAGUAAUUAACACAAUGGCAUUAGACCUAACAUAUUAUUCUGGUAAGUUGAAUUCUUUCUAACUAAUUGAAGCAAGGGGUUUUUCGAAAUCAUACACUAUGUACCUCCAACUGAUAGCUACUGAUUAUAGCCUUAAAUUCGUCCAAAGAUAAUUCUUUAGGUGCUAUAAAUUAUUUUUGUACAAGUAAUAUUUAGCAAACGAAAGAGUAAAAUCGUUUAACAAACUAAGAGAAUUGUACUUUAAGCUCUUACAUAGAAGUGUCGCUACUAAGAGGGAACUGUUCACGUAUGGUGUUUCAGAAAAUAUGCUUUGGCCAUACUGCAAACAAAAUAAUUAAAAAAUCCGUACAUUUUUUGGAACUGUCACUGGACCAAGUGGUUUUUUCAGAAGUAACUGAAUGGUUCAACGACGAAAAUGCCACCUCCCUGGCACUAUCCUCAAGUGAAUUAAUCUUCGGUCUUAAUAGAAAGAAUCAACGCUCAUCGGAAAUUUUCAAAACUUGUAGUUUUAUUUAAUGAAUAACACCACUUUAUUACUUUUUUGUUCAGGUACAUUCAUCGCCAAAAUCAGAGCAACGUCAGUGAAUAAUGUAACUUACAGUUCCUUAAUGACUUGGUCAGGAGCUUCAGAUUACUUCACAAUUAAUCCGAAGACAGGAAUUAUCACUUCGGGAGCGUCGUCGUUUGAUUACGAACAGAUCAAAAUAUUCCGUAUGCAGUUUCGGGCGCGCGAGAGCGAGCAGUUGUUUUCCACAUGCCUGGUGGUAGUUUUCGUCCAAGAUUUAAAUGAUAAUUCGCCGACAUUUGUAACUGAAAGUUAUGAAGGCAGAGUUCUCGAAAAUUCUCCAAAAGGUACGGAAGUCCUUAAAAUUCAAGCGCAGGAUGACGACACAGGUGCCGGGGGUGAGGUAAGGAUUAGAACAAUCAUGCUUGUCACGAAUGUAUCUUGUUUAGAACAGAAAACUGAUUCAUCUUUGAUAGGAGGUGAAAAAAUAGGCUAAGGCAAACAUUCUAAGAGCUGAGAACUGAUUUAAAUGAUAGAGUGACAGGAAAACAGCAUAAAGCCAAGAGUUGACGGGUGAACAACAAAGUAAAUUUGGCAACAUAAAAACACUAAGGAGCAACAAAACAUGCUUAAAUAAGAAAAAUAAUGGACUCUAUAACAGAAUACCAUAACAUAACAAAUAGACACGCCUUAUGUCUGAUUUAUUUUUGAAAGUUUCUUAUGAUGUUAACUAAGGGAAAGCAAAUCGUUUUUGUAAGUAGCCUCUAGGUACAAUGACGGUACUUAGACGCCAACUGUACAAAAUGUACUUAGAGGCUGUCAAAAAUAUACGUUCUUUGUACUAUAGUCUAGUUUAAUACAUUAUGUUUCAGUGUGGGGAUCUACAUAUCAUUGUAAUUUUAUGGGGAUUAUUAUUCUGCAAAAGAAGAUAAUCAGAAUAAGGUUUCUUUUGAUUGUCAUACUGAUCUCAGUGUUCUUUUCAAAGAACAGGAGAUUUGAAAAUUCUCUGACAUUUAUUUAUACCGAACAGGUAAAUUUAUGUGUCUUUUUAAACGAGGUUUACUUUCAAAUUAUUUUCGUGACAUGGCUACUCUUACAAGCCAUAUACAUCCAAUCCCAUAAUACAAGAAAUUCUGGCCUUUUUAUAUACCUCAUUGUGUAACUAACUUUCCAAAAUUCUCAAUUCGGUUUCAAGGUCCUGAGUUUUUCAACUCGGUAAGUCGUGAAAAGUAUCAGUUUGUUUGGCGAAAGACUUAAAAAAAUCCUUCUUUGUUGGCCAAAUAUACUCUUUGUUAAGCUACAUACUUUUCUUGUUCCUUUUUUGCUUUUCUCUUCUAUGGGCAUGAGGGCGAGAGGAAUAAUUGUUUUAGUAAAAUCCAACUAGUUGGUCAAAAGUAUCGAGACAAAACAACUUUAGCUAGCAAAACACGAUUCAGCCGCCAUUGUUUUGGUUUUCAAAGCCGGCGCUUUUCGGUACUAGUGGGCCAUAACAUAUAGCCUAGUAGUAGCUCAACCAAUCAGAACACAGCAUUGAUAAUAGACCACUAGUUGGAUUUAAAUAAUGUCUAUUAGUCUGUUAGUCUAAUAGACUAUUAGUCUAUUAGCGUUUAGUAAUAGCAAAAUAAAUGAAUGAAUGAAUAAAUGAAUGAAAAGAAACGAAACCUCUAACACUUUCUCCAGUGGUUAUUCUUAUGUUAUAUAAAUUUAUAGGUCACAUACGCGAUUGCUCCAACGAAGGACUUCAAGUAUUUUACCAUCGACUCCAUCACAGGUGUCAUAAGAACUGCCGAAACAUUUGACCGCGAGAUGGCGGAACAAGCUCAUUUCUUAAUAGACGUACAAGCCAGCGACAAAGGAUCUCCUCCGCUGAGUUCUAAAACUUUUGUGCGUAUAGAAGUCGUAGAUGACAACGAUAUGGGACCUACCUUUGAGCCUACCGAGUACUUUCUAACAGUCGGUGAAGACGAACCUUUGGGUUCGGUAAUUUAUUUCUUUACAGUAAAAGACAUCGACGUUGGUCCUAAUACCAGAGCUAGCUUUUUCAUAUCUGAAGGGAACUCGAACGGAACAUUUAGUAUGAGAAAUAAAUUGUCGCCUAACGGAGGAGAACUUAUUCUUGAAGAAAACCUGGACUACGAGACGACUAAAGAGUACAGCCUAAAAAUGAUUGCUUCUGAUGACAGGUCAACCAGUCAGCCGAUAGAUGUUUCUAUUAAAGUAAGAAGAAAUUUCUCGCCACUUUUUAGAGCUCAUUGAUAGCUAGACACUGAUAAUGAUUGGAACCAGAACCGAGUCUUUUUUAGGCAUACAACGAGAUGAGAGAGACAAAGGGAGUAAACAGUUAAAUUUAUUCCUUGGCUAUAUUUUUCAUGAGGAAAUUUAUGACCUCAUGAAAUAUUGCACUCAUACCAAGGAGUUAUCCCUUUUAAACAUUUGACAAAUAUUUUACCAGUGUUGGACGUUUAUGUACCAUGUUCCAAUACUGCAUCCAAACGGCACGAAAGCAGCCUAUGCAGAAAAUAUUGAAAGCAAUUAUAAAACUUUACUUUAAGAUUUCUUCAAACGCCUCUCAUCUUUAAAGUCUCAUAACUGCUAACUUUAUAUAAUAAAUAGCAACUUAAGCUAUAUAAUUUAGCUUUUAAAAAUCGGCUUAUAAGCUACUUUGAUUUUUUGCAACUUAAAAUUCAUAAAACCAUUCCCUGAUGAUCGCCAGCAUUGCAUCGCCCGCUAGCAGUUUUUAAGCUUUUUGCAUACGCUUCAGAACAUUGUCAUGUCUUUCCCCUGCUAACUCCUUCAUCUUCGCUUCGAGAUCUUCAGACCAUAAAACGAGGACAUUAAUAAUGUUAGUUUAACUUCAAGUUUAAGAUACUGUUGUUUAAGCAACCAUCGCAACGCAACGAACUAGGUAAUCUUCUUUUCGUCCUUUGCUGUUGUCCAUCUAUGAGGGUGUCAUUUCCCAUAGCUAUCGCACUUUUCCAUUGCUCGUCAAUUACCCUUGCAUCGAUCCAGUUUGUUUUAACCUCUGAGUUUUCAGCGACUGGAAAGCCUCUUCUCCCUGGUUCUUAUAUAGAGGCUUCUAGUACUGGUAAGUACAGUUGUAGUAUGAUGAACAUAAUUAUCUUUCUUCUUUACCGUCACUGUCUUCUAUUGUGUCUUGUCAUUGUUUUUAGGUCCGUGAUGUCAAUGAUAAUGCACCGGUGUUUACGCAGCUUCGUUAUCAUGCAACAGUUCAAGAAGGCAGCUCAUCGAAGCAACCUGUACUCACUGUCUCUGCCACGGACAUUGACACCACGCAGGAAGACAUUGUGUACUCCUUGGACAAACAAGGCCAAAGUUACUUUACUAUUCAAAGUAAUACCGGAGUGAUAGAAACAACUGGAACACCGCUGGACAGGGAAAAGACUCCGGUGCUGCACUUCACUGUUCUGGCCUCAGAUGGGAAACACACUGGAAUUGCUGGAAUAAAGGUAAAAUGAGGACUAAUAACAAACGAGUUAAAAAUUAGCAAAACAAAGCAAACUCAAUCCACACCUAGCGUCGCUCGUAGAGUCAUACUCACACUUGUUACUUUUUCAAAUAGUAUAACCACCUUUUUCUCACCUGGCUUUUUCCUUUCGAUUCAAGGUUGUCGUUCUUGACAUCAACGAUCAAGCACCAUAUUUUCCUAAUCCGCCCUAUAUCGGUGAAGUGGAAGAGAACUUACCCGCAGGAACAAGCGUUAUAGUGGUGCAAGCAGUGGAUGAAGAUGAUCCUUCAAUGGUCAUCAACACACAAAUUAAGUACACGUUAGAUGACGACAGCAAUGGACGAUUUGGGGUGGACGAAUCAACCGCUCUCAUAUUUACCACUACAACUUUUGACAGGGAAAAAGACAUCAAUGAAUACAACAUCACCAUCAGAGCGACUGAUCAAGGUGUACCAGAACUAAGUGGAACUACAGUCGUCACUGUCAGAAUUGAAGACGCCAAUGAUCAUAGACCUCAGUUUAAUCCUAAGGAGUAUACCGCGUCUGUACCGGAAAACGCUUACCCUGGAUAUCAUGUGGUUACUAUAAACACCACGGACAGCGACGAGAGCUUCAAUGCCUUGAUGGAAUUUAUUAUUGUAUCUGGUAAUGAACCUUAUGGGUUCUACAUUGAACCAAGCACAGGACGCAUUAUGGUUUCGGGAAAUUUAGACUUUGAAACAAAGUCUAGUUAUACCCUGAAGAUCAACGUGUCUGACCAAGGAACCCCUAAGCUAACCGCCUCAGAACUCGCGACCGUUUUCAUUACUAUACUGGACACUAAUGAUCACCCUCCGGUUUUUGUACCAGAUAAAUAUCAAAUAUCUGUGAAUGAAAAUGUGGCCGUUGGAACUUCUUUGUUGAGUCUAACAACCACUGAUCUUGAUACUACCCUCGAGGCGUCGCUGCAUUUUGAAGUCAUGUUUGGGGAUCGCGCCGAUAUCUUUGACGUCAAACAGGAUCUAAAUGACCGUCAUUUAGGCAUUUUAUACACAGCUACAGCACUGGAUCGGGAGACACAAGAUAGUUUCACUUUGGAAAUAAUGGCCAAAGAUGAGGACGGUCUUUUUGCCAUUUGCGUGGUCUCAAUCACUGUGUUAGAUGUCAAUGACAAUGGACCGCAUUUUGUACCACCAUUUUACGUUGGAAGCAUUUUUGAAAAUGUUGCUGAUCCCCAGUUUGUUGUCACUCUUACAGCUUAUGACCCCGAUGAACCUUCUAAUGGUCCUCCGUUUUAUUACAAGAUCCUUAAUGGUACGGUCGAUGAUAAUUUCGUCAUACGACCAAACACAGCAGAUUUAUUUUCUAAUGGCAUCUUCAAAUACGAACAGAAACAAGAAUGGAAGAUCUGGGUAGAAGCGACAGACAGUGGCAACCCAUCGAUGAGUAAUAUCACUGUGGUCUACAUUCGGAUUGAGGAUUCCGUUAACAAUAACGAACCAUUUAAUGCUUCGAUGACGAUUAUCCUUAAUGCAUAUAACGGAGAGUUUAUAGGUGGUAACAUCGGGAAAGUUUAUUAUCAAGACAAUGACUUUGAAGUAGACCUAAAUAGUUAUGCAAUUUUAAGCCAGAAUCCAGGGUCUUACUUCGGUAUUGAAGCCAGCACUGGUAAUCUAUCUGCCUCCAAAGACAUUCCAACGGGAAAUUACAGGAUUUUGGCACAGAUAACAGAAAUGAAUAGCAACUCAGCGCAGCUCAAAGUGGUAUUUUCUAUUGUCCGAGUUAUUGUUCAAAAUAUUUCGCAAACCGCCGUGAGCAAGAGUAGUACAAUCCAGUUUGUGAACUUUCAAAACGCAGACGUGUUUAUCGGAGACUAUUAUUCUCUUCUCGAGGGAAUGUUGCCUGGUUUUUUCACCGUAAAUCGUGAAGCCGUUACUAUGACUUCAGAUGUUUAUAUUUUCAGCAUUCAAAAGGACGCAAGGAACCCUCAUGCCAUAAAUGUACAAUUUGUGGUGAGGAAUAUUCUGUAUUCUGCUGGAUUUAUGAGUCCAACUGACGUCUUGAUCAAGGUGGUGGAAAACAAAGCUUCACUUGAAAACAUUGGUGAGAAGAUACGAAGCCUUUUCUUUCUUACCUACUUAAGGCAAAAUAUUACAAUUAGAUCCAGAAAUAUUUUUAGCAGUGAAGGUCAGUAACUUGAAAGGUAUUUUCUCCUGUACUGAACUUUCAAUCUCGUUGUUUACUCGGUGUUGGUGCAAUAGCUUUUAAUAAGUUUCAUUUUUGAUUUCGAUAUGCAAAGCAUAUACUUAAGCCUUAUUUCUUAUAAAUUGAAGGUUUAACUAUUGGUGCUUUUGGAAUUGACAACUGUGCACAAGAAAUCAACAAAACUGGUGUCUGCCAGAACAUAGCAAGAGCUGAUCAUGCGUUCACUGUCAUCAACGGUGAUUACGGUCAAUUUCCAGCACCCGAUAGCUCUUUGACGUUUGUAUCCAUUGACGUCCAGCUUCAAGCCAAGUACGAGUCUAUUUUAAUAUCACCAACUCGUAAAUGCGUAGACAAGCCUUGCCUGCAUGGAGGAAUAUGCCAUGAUGUAAAACCACACGGUUUGUAUUGCAGUCUUUGUUUAAGAGUCCGAGUCAAGUCAAAUCUUGUUGCCUUAUGAGCAUAGAAGGUAUCAGACCGAUUGCAAUAAGCCCCUGGGUCCCCUAAUUAAUAUACUAACGAUUCCUAAAGUGAUAUUUGCUACUUAAUUUGGAUAAUUCCUCUGCUUUUUUGCUCGUUACCCAUCCUAAUGUCGUCCUAACCUCAUACUAAGUUCUCCUCCUACGCACACAGCGGUGCCAGGUUAAACGUAGUCUAAACGGGGAGCAUGUAUUUCUUCACAGAGGAGAUGGGUGUGCAACUUGCCCGUACGUACAUUUUUCAGGCAAAAGUAUGGUCUAAAUUUCCUGUAGUAACCAAUACCUAUAUCUACCUUCCUGAUACCGGCAGUGGCUUCAUUUUAAAACAUUCCUACAGUUUCGCCAACAAAAUUAAACAACCACCCACUUCAAAUGAACCAGUUCUAAUGCCGAUAACCCGUUGCCUCAUCUGUAUUUUAUUUCGGCCAGGGCUUACAUAUUUCAGACAUUAAUUUGGGAUUUUGGCAUCCUCUCUGACAAGCUUCAACUAACCGUGGAUGGCUAACUCGUCAAUUUACUUUGUGUGAUUCACGUGUUAAUUGUUGUUUGCUCAACCCUAUUCAGAAGCUAUAUAUUUUGAUGAUAUUGAUAUUUCUAUAAGGCAAUGUGUGAAUCAAAGUCAUGAGUUUUCAUGUUGGUAGAGGAUAGAUUUUUCGCUCGAAAGUGAUAGGAAAUACUCAACAUGUUUGAGGACAAAAAAGGCCAUGUAAAUAACCCACCUAAAUGAGUAAUUUUGUCAUAAUUCUCUUCUAUGAGUUAUUCUCUAGCGUUGAGAUUUCAAUCAGUUUAACUCUUUGGUUUAUUUUGCUUAGGAUUUAUUUGCCAGUGCAAACAUAAGCCCGAAGGUCUUGUCACCGGGCUCUUGUGUGAAGAAACGACUCGAACGUUCGAAGGAGGUCUAGGAACCUCUUACAUCUGGCUCAAAACGUUGGUGGUAUACGAAAGGAGUGUUGUACAGCUAGAAUUUACAACAUUAGUUGCAAAUGGACUUUUACUUUAUCAAGGCCCCUUAGAGCAAGGUUUGUGCUAUUAUCCUUUGCUGGAGGAGUAAUAAGUGAAGUUAAAAAACAUUUCUGACAUUUAUCUUUUAAAAGACAUAUUAGGAGUAUCUUAUAAUUUUUCUUUUUUAAUUCCUAAAUUAUUAAUCUUUUAAAGUUUUUUAAAUUUUAUCUUUUAAUAUUUAAGCAUUUUUAUAUCUGUAAUUUUAUUUAAUGCUGGGCCCCACUGAAAACCACGUGUGACGCGGGCUCCCUGUUUAAAUAUGGUUGUUUUUAUUAUUUUUAUUGAUUACCGGGUUGGUAAUGCUUCGCAGUGAUAGGAAGAGCCGAUGAAAUACACACGGAGAGAAGCAAAUACGAAUUCGCUACUUUAUACAAUAAUGCCCCACUUUAUUCUGUAAAAUAAUCCUUCCCGCCUGUUUUUAUAUAAAACUUACAAAUUACUUCUAGGCUAGGGCAACGAGCGAGCGUUGUUUGCAAAGAGCCCUAUUUGCAAAUAGCGUCAGACGAAAAUGUACGAAAAAAUGUUCAAGAACCAAAUAUUAUCUUCAAAAUAAACUAAAUACUUUAUGAAAGUUUUGGUAAAAGUUCUGACAAAGGCGAAGGCACGUAAAAAAAGGUGCCAGGAGUAUAUGUACUACGACAAAAGAGGCGCUUUGAGGAAGGAGAGGGUAGAACUCGCAGAGCGUGUCUGGUCUGAGGACAAAGACAUCGAAAACAAGGAACAACAACCACCCUGUAUCUCUGAAUUGAGUCAAGCUGAGUACCUCUCCGACUCGAGCUAAGUACUUCUCCGAUGAAACUCGUGGUUGUAUUAUUCCAGCUGGAACUAUUUUCGUCAAGUAUUAUUCCGGCCAGCACUUUUGCAACCGACCUUGUUCUAGUCUUUUGAUGAAUGUUUUGUUAUCCUUCUUUGGACCCUGCUGGCUGCCCUUCUUAGUCAAUAAACAUUCCUAGCUUUUAUUUUAUUCAAAUUGAUUGCGUUUCUACGGGUUAUGAACAUUUUCGUUGCAGGUAUUAAAUUGCUUGCUAACCGUCUUUGUCAUUUACUCUCUUGACAGUCCGUACUGGUGAGUCUCGUGAUUUCAUGGCUAUUGUGCUGUAUGAUGGUUUCAUCCGUGUGAUCAUGUCCUUAGGAGCUGAGUCUUUAGUGCUUACUAUGUCACGUGGUGUUCGGCUGGAUGAUGGUGAAUGGCAUGUUCUUGAAGUACGCCAAGAACUAAAAGUACGGUAUCUGAUAUCAUUCGGUUAAAAGUAUUAGCUGUAUAAAGCGAAUAUGCCUUCAGGCAUGUAAUUAUUUAAACCAAUUUCAAAUAAGCAAAACAAUCACUUGGAAAGUGAAAAGCCUAUUUUUCAUUUAUUAUUCUUUCAAAAUAAUUCUGUUUAUUAUUGCCUUGAAUCUUCCACCUAAUCCUUCAUAACUAGCUAUUGAUUGAUUAAAUUUUCAAGUCUUUUCCGAUAUUUUUGAAGAUGAAGUCUCUUUUAAAAAUUAAUUUCAAUAAAGGGAAAGGAAAAGGCUUAAUAGCUCAGCUGUUUGAUAGAGCUGGAGAACAGUUACAAAGGCUUUGCGAAGACAAAAUAGUCAAGCUACUGCGUAAUAACAUAGCAAGAACAGCAAAAUAACACUCAACGGAUGACAACUUCCAUUCCAAAGAAUAUACGCUAGCCUACCCUGUUAUAUCGUUAUUAGCCGAGAAAUAUUAUGAAGUGGGGAACAUGAUAUCAAUCAGGCUAAUUGGAUUGGGAUAUCGUUAUGACGUUAUGUUAUGAAAAGUUAUGCCGAUAUCGGGGAGUGUUAUCCACCGAGAUCGAAGGCCUAGGUGGAUAACACCCUCUGAGAUUCACAAUGCUUUAUAUCUAGUCAGCCUCAUUUAUUUAUUGCUAAUUUUGACAAUAAUACUGUUUACCAAAGGUGAUAACGCUAAUUGUGGACCGCUGCAAGGACGCACAGUUACUCAAAUUAGGUGAUGACCUGGUGGAAGAUGAGAGCAAUUGCAAAAUAACAGGAAAGAUUAGAGGCACAUACUAGUAAGUAUGAACUUGCGCGUCUUAUUGUUGUAUAAUAAACAUGGAGUUGACUUCUUAUGCAAGGGGAAGAAGAUCAUUUUCUAGACUAACUUCAAGUAAGUUUGUUCCCGAUGCUUUGAAAAGCUUCCUCUUGCUUCUUAUUUUUAUACUUAAGGAGACUUCUAACAGGGAUAAGCUUCGGUUUUCGGAGCAGGAGGCCGCUGGUUCAAACCAUAGCAGGAUCAACACUUUGGCUGUUCUGAAAUAUAAUAUGGGAGAAAGUGCUGCCUUUGUAAUUACAUCUUCAAACGGUUAGACAUUGGGCGCUUUCCAUUUACGAAAAAAACCCGGAAAUUUCGGUGGUAGCAAAAGUGGAAUUUCCGAUCGGUAAAAAGUUGUUCCAUUUGGUCGUAAACCCCGGUACGUGGCGCGGUGCCCGACCGUGGACCUGGAACUGGUACAAACUACGAUAAACGUAAAUGGAACUCGACAUUCCGUUCUGAAAUUCGGAUAAGGACCACCUUUUUAGAUUUUCCAAACCGUCCAGUGGGACGAACCGACAAAACGUGUUCCAUUUACCGCCGAACCGGAAAUUCCGGAAAUUUUGACUAAAUGACGAUUCUUAACUCGGAUAAGGACCCGGGGGGGGUACUGCCAUAUAUGGGCUAUAUGGGUAUGUGCGCUGUGAAGGGUAUGGUUUUCAAGUAGUUUACUCUAGGAUAGGGUAUAUAAAUCAGAGCGUUUGGGUCUAGAAUAACAUUUUUUCAGGAUCAGUUGGUUGAAGAUUUUAUCUAGACUGGGGAAACAACUACUCUAGGAUAGGGGAUUUUGGGAGUUUACUCUAGUAUAGGGAUGCAGCUGAACUAGCUCUGGUAUAGGUCAAGGGUUCCAGGGUCCCAGCGGCAUCCCCACCCAGAAAUAUCCUAAAGUGCCCCCCCGGGAUCAGGAUGAAAACCGUCCCCAUCACACAUGGCGAUUCGGGACAGGCAUGCUUUCGCUUUAGGUUCUCCAUGCCCAGUUCAAGCGUUAUACUUCCCGUCAGAAUUCAUCGUAUACUCUAGUUUCUAUCCCUUCCGUGAACGAUAAGGUGCUUGCUUUCAGGUCGAGAUAAAGUAAACAUUUGUAGAUUGUAAUCAGCUGCGGUCGUCAGAGGUAAAAACAUGUUAAAUGUCAGUAAACAUACACAGCCAAAACUACGAUAUUUGAUAUGGUAUUUUUCUGCCAACAGUCAUUCAGAUUUCCUGAAAAACACAUAGUUCGCAAGAAAGUUUUGUGCCCUUUUGAUCGCUUUUAAAAAAUUUGAACAGUAUUUUGGAUCAGCAGCCUUUAUUUAAGCGGAAACAUCGUGUUCUCGUACCCCUGCACCUGGUUCGACCGAGUGAAAUGAGCCCGUGUCAUGCUUCUUCUUGCAGCGGAUCCAACCAAUAUCAAAAGCUAUCAGUGAAAAAAAAUUUCCCAGUUUUCUUGCCAUGAACCCAGGCACACAAAAUAAACUCUGGGGGCCAGUCACUAUUAGUAAAUAGUAGGUACCACUAUUAAUCUGGCUAAAGCCCCCCAACCAAAGUUGUAACAUAGUCCCUACAAGGCUGAAGGCUCAAGCUUUAAAAAUCAUUCUUACGUACUAUUCUUACUUUUUUCUUUCAGCUACUUGAACAGCCUUUGGCCACUUCAGAUCGGAGGUGUAGAAAAUCCUGGCCCUGCUUAUCCUAAUCUCAACUAUACAGGUUUCAAUGGCUGUAUACGAAAAAUAACCAACAAUGACCACAUGUACGACCUCAAAACACCACUGAAGGUGGUAAAUUCGCCCGAGGGGUGCAGCAAAGCCAGAGGAUGUCCGAACUGUACAAACCACGGCUACUGUGAACCUUAUCUAACAAAGGAAAGUGUGUGUGUCUGUGACGUCGGAUAUCUCGGCCCGAAUUGUCAAAAUAGUAAGUUUAGUUAUAGAGAGAGCGAAUUACAAAACUUCCAGAACCUUGCUUAUAAAAUUCAUCUUUCUUAAUCUGUGUUAAGCUAAAGUGGACACGUGUUCCUUUUCAGAAGUUCGAUUAUUCGGUGUUUUAGAAUAAGCUACUCUCUUACAGUUUGUUGCUCGACUCCUUAGUUCCCUUGAUUUUUGUACCCAACAUCCUGGAAGUUAAGAAGUACAAAAAAGCAUAAAGUCAAGAGUCUUCCAAUACAAUUAAAAUUACGCGAAAUUUUGGCUUUGAGAAAUAUUAUUUAAAAACGCUAUCCUUUUAAGUCUGCACUCUACAGAUUUGGAGAUAAUUACGGUUGAAUAGUGCCAAAUCUUCUUGGACCAUUUUUUUUUACCAAUAAACAUAAUCAAAAUUUGCAUUUUCUUUAAAAGCUGCGGCUGGUAAUUACUAUUUGGAAAACAGUUACUCUCAGUAUUCUGUAACAUCGUGGGAAGCUUCAUCCUUCUCAUCGUCAUCAUCAUCAUCAUCAUCAUCAUCAUGGUCGUCGUCGUCGUCGUCGUCGUCUUCGUCUUCGUCGUCUUCAUCGUCAACGCUAUCAAGGCGGCGACGUCUUGCUCUCCCAGUCCCAGCCCCCCAACCAAUAACCAGUGAGUAUUUCACUGACAUUGCGCUGAAGAUCAAGGUUAACCCUGGAAUGCACAGCAGUCUGAUAUUUCUGUCGACUAACAGCCUUGGAACCGAGUUUGUCAGGGUUGAUGUAAGUUGUCUGUAUAUAUAGGCCUCUUGUAGUCACGAUACCUCCCUUACGCAAAUAUUAUGGGAAAAAACUCAAGCUAUAUCAGGAGAGGAAAGCAAUGUGAAAAAUGGUUACGAGGCCAAUUUUAUUUGACUGACAUAUAAUUUGUGGGGGUUGGAAUGUCUAGAAAAUUAUGAGGCUUUGUAUCCAAAGAAUUUGCUGGACCACAAGGCGUGCCUACCAACAACUUUUUCAAUUGAUACGUGUAGUACAUAAACACCAAUUUCACUUCUUCAAAAUUUAAAACUUAGAAUUUAGAAAAGCCAUCAUGUUUUCUGUAAACUUUCCAUUUCUGUAAUUUUUAGACUUUCAAUACAUAAUUUUGGCACGAGAAAGGUCACGAGAUCCCAGCUUUAUAAGGCCCUCUUUUAGUUGCAUAAAGGCUUUUUGCAUAAGGCUUAUUUCCAGCUGCAUAAGAUCCAUUUAUUCUAUUUCUUUUUAAUCAUCAAUGAUUCGUUGUUUCCUUUGCUAAUAUUCAACCUCAGUAAACAGAGCCUACGUUUUCUUCCAACUUAUCUAUUUACUAUUAAGAACAAGUCCCUUUAGAGCGCCUUUUACCCUCUCCUUAUAUUUACUUUCAUCACAAUGAAUAUGUGGAACUGUGGGAAACGCUGCCCGUAAGUAUGUGUCAGAUUCUCUGGACUGUUACGUUACGACGUGAUUUCAGUGGAAAACCAUCUUCAGUAUUACGUCUACUAUUUUCCUCCAAAAAACAGUUUCGACGUUUUUAUAAUCACUUGGUAACGUUUAAAGUAGCCGAGAACUUGCCACUCUUCUUAGUAUGUAAUAUAGUAAAAACGCGCGACUAAGAACCUGGUUUUUAAGAACCUGUUAGGCUACAUUUUGCCACUUAGGCACCCUCUAUACAGGAACCUGUCAUAUUUUCUCAAUCUAUUUAAACAAAUUAUGUACACUUGGGCAAAUAAGAAAAGUCAACAUUCAGGAUCCUUUUUGAAGACAUAUAGGUGCUUUAUUACUCCAACUGCAAUUGUGAUAUGGAAUACAGGUUUAACCCAAGGUCAAAUGUGCUGAAUACCACUAACCUAUUUAACAACCUAAAUAGCCUAAAUUCGUGUUAAUUACAAUUUAAGUGAGAACUUGCUUAGGCUAACUUGAGAAAAGGCAGGUUCUUAGUCGAGGAGGGCUUUUACUGUCCAGGCGAUUACUUUACUUCAAAGUGAGACAUCUUUGCAUAUUAUUUCGUUUCAUUUUUACAGUUGCAGGACGAAGUAAUUCGCUGCAUUUUCCGAAUGGCAGGAAGGACAAAAAUUCUUCAGCUCAAAGGGGUAAACGUCACAGACAACAAAUACCACACGGUCAUUGUGAAAAGGCUGGGUAAUUAUGCCACACUACAAGUUGACUAUGCAGGAAAGGUGGAGGGAAGUACUGGCGGAUCAACUCACCUCAUGAAUCACGGUGGAGGAGCUCUUUUCGCAGGUAAUAGUUCAUGCAAAGUUUGCAAUCUGUAGUCACGGAACGAGGGUUUGUAAAUAUUAAAGACGGUAAAAAUGUCUUCGUUACAGUCAAACCUGGAAGAUAGGAAAUAUUUUUGGAAUGUUAUUGUGUUGCAAGAAAAAAUCCAAUCAGGCAAGAGAAACCUAAACCGCUAGCAAGGACUGUAACUAGUUUGUGAUUUUGUGACUAGUUCGCGUGCCCUGAUCUUUUCUGUGAUUGGUCAUGACACUAUAGACAUUCCUGAGAUAUUUCACGUGUUUACAGUUUUCCCGGUUUGACCGUAAAAACGGUGCGUGCUUCAGGAGUGAACUGACAUAGUGCCAAAGCAUAUUAAGGGAAACUGUUACAAAACGCGCCUGAACUAAGCUCACUAAUAGCCUUUGAAAGCUUUAAUCCUCUUUGUGGUCACAAAGCAAUGCACACAAAUGCCCCGUGAAGAUGUUAAAAUAUUUUCGGUCUCACUACACCGCCUGUGAUUAACUCCACUGACUAUUCAAUCUACUUUGAAGAGCUUAGAUGCCGAAAAAGGUCAAAAUUAAUACUGAUAUCAUUACAAAUAUAUAUUUUUUAGGUGGAUUGAGGAGAAUAACAGCACUGAAGGUAAUGCAAGCUAUUGUAAAAUGCCGCGGAAAAGCCAUUGUGCAGACAGCUAGUGGAAGCCUCAUAUCAACCUAUUCUGCGUUUUCGGACUCAUCUUUUUCUGGGGUAAACUUGAUAACCAUAAACAAUAAAGGGUCAGUGCACGUUCAGAAGAUCAAGAACGCAACUCUAAUCAAGAUGUACCAAAAGCACACUAUUCGAUCCUUAUUUAAUGCGAGCUCCAAUAAAAUAGUCAUCGGGAGUGCAGGCGUUAGUGUUACACAAGUGCAACUCAGCAACAACAGUCUACAAGGUGUACAACAAGUAAUACGGAGAAGGCACCAAGUUUAUUCAGGAGCUAAUGACAAUGAAGAGAGCACUAGAACCAUCACUGGCAGUGCUGUGGCUUCUGGUGGAAAUGCUGUUGUUGCCGGGGGGGAUUUGAAAAUUGUUGGUGGUUAUGGUUUAAGCAUUCCUUUUCGUGAGUCAGGAAACAGGACAACGCAAGAGACUGUCGAUGAAUCAUAUGAAGGUUAG